AUGAACCCGCUCUUCGGCCCCAACCUCUUCCUCCUGCCGCAGGAGCAGCAGGGGCUGGCGGGCCCCGAGCUGCCGCCGCCGCCCGCCGCCGAGCCCCUGGCCGGGGAGCCGCCCGCCGGCCCCUUCCCCGCGCCGCCCGCCGCCAUGGCCCUCCGCAACGACCUGGGCUCCAACAUCAGCGUCCUCAAGACGCUGAACCUGCGGUUCCGCUGCUUCCUGGCCAAGGUCCACGAGCUCGAGCGGCGCAACCGGCAGCUGGAGAAGCAGCUGCAGCAGGCGCUGGAGGAGGGGGCGGGCGGCCGGGGCCGCGGACCCCCGCGCCGGGACCAGGCGGUGCAGACCGGCUUCGUGGGUCCCAUCCGCACCCUGGGGCUGGGGCUGGGGCCGGGGCUGGGGCUGGGGUCGGCCCGGACCCUGGGGUCCCCCGGCUCCCGCCCCGGUGGUCCCGGCCAGCCCUCCGCCUUCUCCGCCGGCUCCCGCUUCAUGCCCGGUACCAUCUGGAGCUUCUCGCAAGCCCGGCGGCUCGGCCCGGGGCCCGAGACCACCCUGGUGCAGGGACCGGGCGUCUCCUGGGUCCACCCCGACGGGGUGGGUGUGCAGAUCGACACCAUCACCCCCGAGAUCCGAGCCCUCUACAACGUGCUGGCCAAGGUGAAGAGGGAGCGCGACGAAUACAAGCGCAGAUGGGAAGAGGAGUACACGGUGCGUGUCCAGCUUCAGGACCGGGUGGCUGAGCUGCAGGAGGAAGCCCAGGAGGCUGAAGCUUGCCAGGAGGAGCUGGCCAUGAAGGUGGAGCAGCUCAAGGCAGAGCUUGUUGUCUUCAAGGGACUGAUGAGCAAUAACAUCACGGAGCUGGACACCAAGAUCCAGGAGAAGGCCAUGAAGGUGGACAUGGACAUCUGCCGUCGCAUUGACAUUACUGCCAAGCUGUGUGAUGUGGCACAGCAGCGGAACUGUGAGGACAUGAUCAAGAUGUUUCAGGUGAGAAGCUCUCUGCACUUGUCUCCCGUUAAGGUCCCAGCCUCGGUGGGGCGGAAGCGGGAGCGCAAGCAGGUCAGCGACGAGGACACCUCGCUGUCAGAGAGCGAUGCCUCCCGGAAGCCUGACGAGGAGGAGGAGGAUGAGACCACAGCCAUGAGUAUCAAUGAGGAAAUGCAGAGAAUGCUGAACCAGCUGAGGGAAUAUGACUUUGAGGAUGACUGUGACAGCCUCACAUGGGAGGAGACAGAAGAAACGCUGCUCCUCUGGGAGGACUUCUCCGGAUAUGCCAUUGCAGCCGCAGAGGUGCAGGGGGAGCAGCAGGAUGACAGCCUGGAAAAGGUGAUCAAGGACACAGAGUCGCUGUUCAAGAGCCGUGAGAAGGAGUACCAGGAAACCAUCGACCAAAUAGAGCUGGAACUGGCCACAGCCAAGAAUGACAUGAACCGGCACCUCCACGAAUACAUGGAAAUGUGCAGCAUGAAGCGGGGCUUGGAUGUGCAGAUGGAGACUUGCCGGCGGCUCAUCACCCAGUCUGGGGACAGAAAGUCUCCUGCCUUCACCCCGACCUCCAACAGCGAGUCAGCCCCGAAUGAGGAGAGUGAGGAAUCUGACCGUGAUCCCCCCAGUGAUGCUUCCAUCAGAUAA